AUGACCGCCAAUUCCAUGCGGUCGCAACAGGCCUCGCUGUUGCGCCUCCGCCGCGUCGUCUACCCACGCCCGCCAUACCCUUGCACACGACACUACGCUACCGACAUCUCUCAUAACGAACAACCCUCGCCUGCUUCUUUGGUCGCAAAUCGUCGCUCUUCUCUAUCAGUCUCGUCCGAAUCGCGCUUCAACGAAAUUGGUGUUCAGCAGAUCAGUAGCCAUGUCUACUCUCAAAUAUUCCCUGGCAAAGCUCCACCAGCUCCGGAAGAGCUUGUCCGCUUAUCGAAGGACCAUUUGCAACGACAUGAACUGCUGGGAAAGAACACGGACUCGUCAGAUCCUGUCGCCUUUGACAUGCCUGAAAUACAAGGACAGACAUUAGAUGAACAUUUCUACAAACUGGCCAUGGAUUCUGCCGAACCCUACUUAGGUCUUGCUCAGAAGUACUCGAUCGCAAAUGCGCCCCCUAGACCGCGCAAAUGGGUCCGACAGAGCGGAUGGACGAAGUACUCUCGCGAUGGCUCAUCCGAGCCUGUAGAAGCUCCAGACGAGGAGAUGCUGACCUUCGAUGUCGAAGUUCUGUGGCACGAAUCGUCCUACGCUGUCAUGGCAUGUGCUGUCAGUGACAAAUUCUGGUAUGCCUGGUUAUCGCCCUGGUUGUUAGGUGAAUCAGAAAGCGACCGCCAUCUUAUUCCGCUUGGAAAUCCUCAGAAGCCGCGUAUAAUUGUAGGUCACAAUAUUGGGUAUGACAGGGCUCGAAUCGCCGAGGAAUACGAGCUCGAUCAAUCGCGUAACUACUUUAUCGAUACCAUGUCGCUACAUGUUGCUGUGAACGGAAUGUGCUCGCGACAAAGGCCUACAUGGAAUAUGCACCGCAAGAACCGCGAGACCAGAGACAAGAUCGCGAACUCAGAAGCUACGGCCGAUCUGGCUGCACUUCUGCAAGCCAAAGGAGACAUAGAUGAGGAGGAGGAGCUCUGGGUUGGCCGUAGUUCUGUCAACUCCUUGCGCGACGUUGCCCACUUCCACUGCGGUGUCACCAUCGAUAAGGCUAAGCGUGAAUGGUUUUCAGAGCUCGAUCGACAAGGCGUCCGUGACAAGCUUGACGAGCUGUUGGAUUACUGCGCUGCUGAUGUUGACAUUACUCAUCGAGUUUACAAGAAAGUGUUUCCGGCUUUCAUGGAGACUUGCCCUCAUCCUGUCAGUUUUGCUGCGCUACGCCAUCUCUCGACAGAGAUACUGCCUGUCAACCGAACAUGGGAUUCGUACAUCGCAAAUGCAGAAGCUACGUACCAUAAACUAUCAGAUGCUGUUGAACAGCGACUACACGAUCUAGCCAGCAAAGCACUUGAGUUGAAAGACAAAAUGGAAGAAUACGAGAACGAUUCGUGGUUAAGCCAGCUGGACUGGUCAGGCCAGGAGGUUCGUAUGGUCAAGGGCAAGAAAAAAGGUGAUCCGCCAAGACCUGCCGCACGCCAGAAGAUGCCCGGUAUGCCCAACUGGUACAAGGAUCUGUUCGUCAAGAAUGGUGCGCCUAUUGGUCUCACAGUACGCACGAGAAUAUCACCACUGCUACUACGUCUUGCAUGGGACGGUUACCCACUGAUCUGGUCCGACAAGUAUGCAUGGACUUACAGAGUACCGAAAACAGAAGCGAGCAAGUAUAUAGAUCGAGCGCUUGAGCCUUGCGACAUGUCUGAAGAGGAGAAUCUGAAGUUACGAGACGACAAUACCCAUGUCUACUUUCGCUUACCGCACAAGGACGGACCUCAAGCCAGAUGUGCCAACCCUUUGGCAAAGGGAUAUUUACAAUAUUUUGAGAACGGCACUCUCUCAUCAGAAUACACAUACGCGAAAGAGGCAUUACAGAUGAACGCAUCCUGCUCUUACUGGAUUAGUGCGAGGGACCGAAUCAUGUCGCAAAUGGUUGUAUAUCGUGGAGAGGAGAACAAAACCGAUCAGCUCGGGUUCAUCUUGCCGCAAAUCAUUCCCAUGGGAACCAUCACGCGACGAGCGGUCGAAAAGACAUGGCUUACUGCCAGCAAUGCGAAGAAGAAUCGCGUGGGUUCAGAGCUCAAGGCUAUGGUCAAGGCGCCACCAGGCUACUGCUUCGUGGGUGCGGAUGUCGACUCACAAGAGCUUUGGAUUGCUGGACUGGUAGGCGAUGCAUCCUUCCAGAUUCAUGGUGGCAAUGCGAUUGGCUUUAUGAAUCUGGAAGGCAGCAAGGCGCAAGGCACAGACAUGCACUCACGUACCGCUUCAAUCCUGGGCAUUUCUCGCAACGACGCGAAAGUUUUCAAUUACGGUCGUAUCUACGGCGCUGGUCUACGCUUUGCCUCUACUCUGCUCCGGCAGUUCAACCCAACUAUCAGUGACGCAGAUGCCGAUAACACAGCGAAGAAACUUUACGAGAACACCAAGGGCCAGAAGACAACUCGCAAGGUUCUCCGCGAACGACCUUUCUGGCGUGGAGGUACCGAGUCUUUCGUGUUCAACAAGCUGGAAGAUUUUGCCGAGCAAGAACGACCAAGGACUCCAGUGUUAGGUGCUGGAAUAACCGAAGCAUUAAUGCGCCGAUUUAUCAGCAAAGGUGGUUUCAUGACUUCACGAAUCAAUUGGGCCAUUCAGUCUUCAGGAGUCGACUACCUACAUCUGCUCAUCGUGUCUAUGGAAUACCUUUGCCGUCGUUACAACAUCAAUGCUCGCCUCUCCAUCACCGUACACGACGAAAUCAGAUACCUGGUCAAGGAAGAAGACAAAUACCGUGCUGUAAUGGCCCUGCAAGUCAGCAACAUCUGGACCCGCGCAAUGUUCUCCCAACAAAUGGGAAUCCACGACUUACCUCAAUCAUGCGCCUAUUUCUCCGCCGUCGAUAUCGAUUCCGUGCUUCGCAAAGAAGUAGACAUGGAUUGUAUUACUCCUUCCCACACGACAUCCAUUCCUCCCGGUGAAAGUCUAGACAUCCUACAACUGCUCGCCAAGGGAGAACAAGCCUAUCUUGAUCCUAAGAUUGUUCCUACCAACCCACCCAACCCCCAAAGAUUUUCUUACGCUGAUCGAGAGCCUGUAAUGACGAGUCUGCAGAAAGCAGAAGCGCCGGCUUAUUUACGAGCACAAACCACAUCUAAUGACUCUGAACUGCGUCAAAUCAUUAAAGAGAUGAGAUUCUCAUCCUCCUCCUCCUCCUCCUCCUCCUCCUCCUCCUCUUCUUCUGCUACUAAGGCAAAACCUUCCUCUGCUGGCACUUCUUCUGCGGCAAAAACAAAACCCGCACGCAAGAAGAGCGAAAAGGGACAAGAUCCACACAUGCAAACUCCUUCGUUGCUUAUGGUUGACGAGGAAGACGUGCCUUUUGCUCGAUACAGCGACACAUUUAACAAGCCCACGACGUUUGCGGAUUGGAGGGAUGCCAGUGUGCAGUCUUCUUCUGCGACUACGACGAAACAGCAAGUUAAGAAGGCAGAGCAGAAUAAGAAUACGGUGGAUAGAAACUCGACGUGGUAUCCCGGGUUGAUCAGGAAGAUUCCUAGUGCUGUUGGGAAGGUUGUGUAA